ACUUAAACGAACUAUUUUCUCUCAGAGAAAGGUAGACGCUAUGGCUAAUAGGCAGCUUAUAGACGAUCUAGGUCUAAACUGGUCGACAAGCCAGAGAGAUGAGUUCCUUGCCGAGAUUAAGGUAGUCGAGCUACCCAAACUCGGAUCGCCAUACCCGCCAACUGAUCCUUCCUCCAUAGGAACUCCCGAGGAAUGGCACCCAUGUCAGGAAUAUUGGGCAGAUAAUUCACCGACGGACCCUUUGUAUAAUGAAGGAUUCUACGAGAAAACUGUGGACCUUGACUCUCUUAAGUAUAUUGUGCCGCAAGAGGAGAGCGUUAUAUUCCGCGACAUUGAAACUAAAGAAACCGUUCUCGUAGUUCUUCGCGAUUUUAUACCUGACGGAGACCUUCGACAGAUAAUGAUGAGAGUGUGCCGGGAAAUUAUCAAGAGUCACCAGGAUGACAAUCACGAAGACCCAGAGAUGUUCCACCACAUUGGCUAUACUUGUGGCACACAAAACGAUGCCCAGGUUCGACUGGCUGCGUCUUGUAUAAAGUUAAAUACGGAUGAGGAAAUAAACGAGGAGACCGAGCUGAAUGAUGCGGCACAGGGCGUGGCUGGGAUUGUAUGGAACUUGAUGAAGUCUCGGUUCCCCCCUGAGGUUACUGCUAAUUACAAUGAUACUAUCCACGAUAUCGGCUUCCCUCCGAUGGAAAUGUUGAAGGACGGCGAAACUUUCACGUUUAAGGUAGGUGGUGAAGACAUCACGUUCGACACAGGCGAGGACGGUUUAGAACUACCCCCACUAUCGGGAAUGGCGGCUCGGUAUUAUGCGCAGCAUACACAUACAGAGGUGAACGAUAACUCUUGGAUUGUCGCUUGCACCGUCAAGGCCCCCGACGAUACUACCACAGGGGGUAAUUUCUAUCUAGCAUCGUAUGGCAUUAUGGUGCUUCCUACUACCAACACAGCGUGUGCAAGGCGUUCUUGUGACUAUAAGGAUACGUCGCUUUACGAGAAGGAGCCGAGUCCUGAAGAUUGCGCAGUAUUUGAAGUUCAUAAGGAUAGGGGUUUAAAUAGGGACAUGGUAUUCGAAAUCUUGAAAUCGCUCAAGGCGGCUCGGAAGAGGUCUAAUUGGCUUGAUGAUUGCCGCAAGUGGAAGGUAACGAAGGCGACUUCGCCGAAAGUUAGAUCGCGAAAGGCCAAUUCGGCAAAGUCAAGUUUAUUGGCAACUGAGACGGAACUCGCGGCGCCCCGAUAUAAAUUACGUCCCAGAACUACAAAGCCUAAUUACUGCGUUGACUCGGAGUCAUCUACAGAUUCAGAAGCUUGCGACUCUGGAUCUGGAUCUGAAUUUGAAGAUGAAUCAUCCGAAUUCGAAGUUGAACCAACAAACCAAAUGAUGCCCAAUUACGGCGUUGAUUCAGAAUUAUUUGCAGAUUCAGAAGCUUCUGACCCUGGAUCCGAAUUCGAAGCUGAACCGACAAAUCAAACGACUACAAUCAGACUUAUUGAUGAUACUGACUGUGAUAACUAUAUUGAAGUUAACAUUCUUCCGCCCCCUGACGGAAGCUCCCAACUUGCCUGGAAUUAA